AUCCAUUAAAAGAUGCGUAAGAUGUGAUGUUGAGCGAAUGAAUCGGGAAAGCGGAUGUCAUGUUGGCCAUGUCACUCUUCGAUGGGAGAGGAAUUUCCGUUGUAAUAAGUCGCCUUUUGCCUUUUUUUUAUCAAGCCUAAAGCUUACCGAAGUUCAUCCCUACGGAGAAUGGAAACGUUUGCUGUUGUUCCAAAUCGUCCGACAUAAACAUUUGAAUAAUCCAAGAAAAAAGCGAGUACAACAACUCAGGCUUUAGGGUCCCAAGUCCAACGUGUGAAGUGUAUAUAAAUAAUAGGUGCAAAAAACCAAAAUGUAAUAUCUUGUGCUUUCUCCAAGACCUGGGUUGGACUCAAACAAAAGUGAACCAUCACAUGGAGGCCCAAACACAACAAGAAUUCCCGUUCCUAUUGAACAUAACGGGGCUACAAUCACAGAUCCCAAAAAACAUGAUAUUUUUUGACUACUUCCCGUGCUGUCAGCCCAAGGCCAGUGGGUUUCUGGUGGCCUUUCUCAUGGCCAUUUUAUCCAUAUCAUUGAUCAUCGUCAGUGGCCUUGAUUUGAACCGGGGCUCAAGUUCUGCCGUGUUCCACCAAAAAUCUUUAGUGAUAGCGGCCUUGGUGUUUGGGAUCAUGGGAUUAUUAUCUUGUGUGGAUCUGGUGGUGGGUCUCAUGGUGCAGAAGCGAUGGCUCCUGGUUCCAUUUCUUGUCACAUUUGGCAUCAUGUGGGUGACUACUUUGGCUUUUGCCUUCAAGUUUUUGAUUCAAGUUGGAAUGCCCACUUCCGAGGAAGUCUCGAAAAGUUCGAGAUUUUACACACCAUGGACCAUCAUUGUGACGGGGAUCCUGUUGUAUCAAUGGGCUGUGGUGGUGGAUUUGUUCAAUCGGUUGCAUCCGCAAGUUCUCAAGGAGGAAGAAGAACUGAGACGAACCACGGCUCAACCACCUUCGUAGCCACCUUUGUAGCCGCUUUCCACUCCAUCACUCCUGAAGAGCAAUCCAUUUAUUAUGGCCUUUUGAUAUUCCAAGUGAUAUUAAACUACUACGUACUUUGCUUGCCUUUCUGAUCUAUCGAUCAAUUUCUUGAUUAUGAUAAAGGAUAGUGAAGUGGUUUGUUUCACUUAACCAUGUUGGCUUUAUUGACGGCCACUUGUCUGAUCAACCAACCCAUUUUGAGA